GUUAAAAUGAUCAUGGCCACAAAUCGACCGGAUACUCUAGACCCAGCUCUGCUGCGCCCGGGACGUUUGGAUCGUAAAAUCGACUGGGAAGCUGUUGUCAAGUUGUCCGAUGGGUUCAAUGGAGCGGAUUUGCGCAAUGUCUGUACAGAAGCCGAUAUUUCGAAUACAUUGAUCGUACCACCGAGCAUGUUUGCUAUUCGGGCUGAGCGUGACUACACUGUUGAAGAGGAUUUCAUGAAGGCUGUGCGAAAAAUCAACGAUGCAAAGAAGUUGGAAACCAAACUUGACUACAAACCAGUCUGA